UGGAUGACUGUCGAGGGAAGGCGAGUGAUUACUUCUCAGAGAGUUUAGGACACGUGGAAGUUAAUAAGCAGUGAGCAGAUGUUGAAGAGGAAGAGAAAAAGAGAAGAAAAUGGCUGCUGAUAAAGUGGCGUUGGGGCAAAGACCGUAAAAAGCUUGGACAAGAAAGAAAGGACGUGGACAAGUCAAGCAAAGGACUUUAAAGACUACAAAGGAGGAUAGCAAACUAAAACAAGGGGGCGACUUUUACAGACAAAGAGGAACACAAUCUCUGAAACUUUGGUCUAAAGAAGCGUCGUCAUGGUGAACACUGGCAUGCAGCUGAUCAGCUUCACCUGCGCGGUGACGGGCUGGAUCAUGGCGAUCGCCGUCACCGCCUUGCCUCAGUGGAAGGUCUCGGCCUUCAUCGGCAGCAACAUCUUGACCUCAGAGAUCAAGUGGGAGGGCAUCUGGAUGAACUGCAUCUACCAAACCACCGGACACAUGCAGUGUAAGACCUACGACUCCAUGCUGGCGCUGCCGCCAGACAUCCAGGCCGCCCGCGCCCUCAUGUGUCUCGCCAUCUUCAUGGGCUGGCUCUCCUGCACCGUGUCCUGCUGCGGCAUGAAGUGCACCACGUGCGCAGGAGACGACCGCCGGGCCAAGGCCGGCAUCGCGCUCUCAGGCGGCGUGCUCUUCAUUCUGACUGGCUUGUGCGUGCUCGUUCCCGUUUCCUGGACUGCCAACACGGUCGUCCAGGAUUUCUACAACCCCAACGUGCCGCUGAUGCACAAAAGAGAGCUGGGUCAGGCAAUUUAUCUCGGCUGGGCGUCUGCGGUGAUUCUCAUGAUCAGUGGAGCCGUGUUGAGCAGCACGUGCCCCCUCAUGGAGCGGAGCGGCAGGUACCGCAGGGGGUACAUCGGCCGGAGCUUUGCUAAUUCACCCGCUUCAGCGCCAGAUCCUCCAAAACCAAUCACAUCUAACAGUGUUCCAUUAAAGGAGUAUGUAUAG